UAUGCCUGACAGUUUCGACACUUGGCAAAGACAAAGAGCGAGAGACCACGGGGAGGAGAAAGAGGAGGGAGAGAUGGAAGGGGUUAUAUGAAAUCUGAGUGCCCAGAACCUCACUACCCUCUCUCCAGCUUAGAGCCUCCCUAACCCCUGUCCCCCCCUCCACACACAUACAUCCACACACUCAUUCACCCACCCGCGGGACCGGUCCACGAAACUCUCCACGCCUCCGGCCACGUGGGGAAAGUGCCAAGCUUGGAGUCAUGAGAUCUGACUUUGAAUCCUGUCUUUAUUUGCUACUGUGUGGUCUUAAAAUGACAGCCAGGUACCUGUGAUUCAUGCAAGUCCUGGCCCCUUCACCUGCUCCUUUGAUUGGCACCCAGGAUUCAAUUCCAGGGAGGACAAACUUUUCAGAGGUGUGAGAAGAAGAAUCUUUCAUCUUGCGAUGAGGUCCCUUCAUUGAUAUUCUCUGCCUGAAGGCUAGCUAGACUCUGACACAGAUAUUAAUUGCCUCUCAAUCUGUUUGAACAGGGAAAGGAAAUCACUGUUAUUAGUUUUGAUUAAAGCCUCGAAGAGAGAAUCAGUCGCUGUUUAGGGGGACCAAAGAAACAGAACCAGGAAUAUUUUAUUUUAAACACUGAAUGAUAAGAUCAAUAGAACAGAGACUCCCCACAUGAUACAGUUUCUGUCUCUGGAAGAUCACAGAAGUUCCAGGGGACAAUGGAAGAUUUCUUCUAAAUGAGAUGAAUUUGAUCUUGGCCUUCCACCUCCAGUAGGAUAUCCUUUCUUCCUCUGAUCAGAUAAGGCCUUGUCUCAAUUGUUCAGUCCUUGGGAACUUCUUAAUCCAUUCCUGCCUGCUAAGACUCCCUCCAGAGGAAAACGAUGGCAACGAUUAGGAAGAGAAGCCUGAAAGUGUUUACCUUCAUCCUCCUUCUGGUUUUUCUCACAUCCUUCUUCUUGAACUAUGCUCACACAACUGCCUACAUCUGGUUGCCCAAGCAGAUGAUGUUGCAUUUCUCAGAGCAUCUCAAAAGAUUAAUGAAGUACCCUGAAAGACCCUGUAGUUGCUCUCGGUGCAUCUCAGAGACUGGCUUUGCGCCCUGGUUCGAUGAGAGGUUUAAUCAUACGAUUCAGCCGUUACUGAAUGCCCAGAAUGCUUUCUUGCAGAAUGACACCUAUCACUGGUGGAUGAAGCUCCAGAGAGAGCAUAUGCCCAAGAGACUGAAUGACACCAUCAAAGAGCUGUUCCACCUUGUUCCCAGCAACGUCCACCCAUUCCUGGAGAAAGGGCCUCUGGUCUGCAGGCGCUGUGCUGUCGUGGGCAACUCAGGAAACCUGAAGCAGUCCCAGUAUGGGAGAGACAUUGACAACCAUGACUUUGUGCUGCGGAUGAACCGGGCCCCUACAGCAGGCUUUGAAGCCGAUGUUGGGAGGAAGACCACUCACCACUUGGUGUACCCUGAGAGUUUCCGGCAUUUGGGAGAGAACGUCAGCAUGAUCCUCAUUCCCUUUAAGACCAUGGACUUGCAAUGGGUGAUCAGCGCGUUGACCAAAGGCACGAUAAACUUCACAUAUGUCCCUGUUCCCCGAAAAAUACAGGUGAACAGAGAAAAGAUCCUGAUCUUCCACCCAGCAUUCAUGAAAUAUGUCUUCGACAACUGGCUCCAAGGCCAUGGAAGAUACCCAUCCACUGGAAUUCUCUCUCUGAUUUUUUCCCUACACAUAUGUGAUGAGGUGGAUCUCUAUGGUUUUGGGGCUGACAGUAAAGGCAACUGGCAUCACUAUUGGGAGAAUAAUCAUUCAGCCGGAGCUUUCCGGAAAACAGGUGUUCACGACGGUGACUUUGAAUAUAAUGUGACCUCCACUCUAGCAUCCUUUAACAAAAUACGAAUCUUCAAGGGGAGAUGACCCCAGGACAGUCCAGAAAUUGCCACGGAUCACUCUCUGUAAUUUCAGCCCCUGGCUCCUUCCUGCCUCCUUCUUUGAGGUCUGUGAGCCAGAAGAAUGUGACGGGCAUUGGGAGCCGUGAACGGCAGCUAAACCAAUCGGCUGUAUCUGUUUCACACUUUCUUUGAUUUCCUUUGGGAUUAGAAGACAAUCUUUGAGAAUCAGUAAUGGAUGGAGAAUCUUGGGAUGGGGUGGGUAGAAAGUGAGGAGGAGUGGGCAGAUGCCAGGCAGGAGUCAAAUGCUAGAACACCAUCGCGACACCUGCUACUGGCAGGAAAUAGAGGCCUUGUUUAGAGACAUUUGACUAGGGGCAUUACGUUCCCACUUUCCUGAAACAGAGCAAGGAUUUUCCAAUGAAGGUGGAAAGAGCCUUUGUAGGAAGAUUCCACAUGGACCAGGAUUGAGAAAAAAAAUACACCAUCACGAUGAUCAUAAUUUCUUAAAGUUUUAACGAUUACCUCAUUGGUCUGCUUCAGCAUUCAUGGGAAAAGGCUGGUUUCUUUUAAGCAUCUCACCAGGUAGGCCUAGUGUCUGGCUUCCUGUUGGUAAGAUCCAAAGGUCUUCAUUGUCCACUCAUACACUGGCCUUCACGGGGAAGAAAGGACAUCUCGUUUCAAAGGUUUUAUCAAAACCAUUAUCAGAUGCUUCUGACAUCAGUGUAGGAAACAAUGGGAGCAUGUGUAAGUCUGUGGUAUAGACCUGUUGCGCUUCCACCGUCUUCUAUUUGUUUUUUUAAAGCAAAUGUUAUUUUGGAAAGUAGGUGUUAAAGCAAAAGUUGUUUUGGAAAAAUAGGUGUUGGUUGAAAUCCUUCUCCCCUUGGAGCAGACUGGACAUUUCAUUAUUCCAUGUGCCUUUCUAUUUUGGAAAGCAACCUAUAUUACUUUGCUAAAAUGAUGCAAGAGCAAGGGGCUCAUGGUCAAGAGAGGACUCAGACCAUGGAAGCAUGACCCUCACUGUGGCAGCGUUUGCCCUGUAUCCUCAGAACUAAAGCACCCAGACUCUGAUGGGAAAGGAAAGGGCUGGUGAGGAGAACAAUCAAGUUCCACCCCACUCUGAAUAUCUUUUGGAUCUCAAAAGCCAGUUCCCAAAUUAGAGAGAGCAAAAGAAGUCUUGCUAUUACAAAAUGUGUUGACCAUUUAAAGUACAUUUUUAAAAACUAUCCAGCAUGGGGCACACAUGCCUUUUGAGGGAGCCUAUAGCACCUCAAGACAAUCCAGGUCUUUGGGAUGCCACCAAAACAUGCAAGUGUCUGAAUGGAAACUUGGUACCCAGGGCCCACCAUGAUUUGUGCCACCUAAGGAGAUGUGACUGACAGGAUGAGAGAAGUCAUGCUUAUCCUUUAUCUCUGCUGCCCAUUCCUUCCUUCCUUCCUUCCUUCCUUCCUUCCCUUCCCAUUUGUGUUCUUUCUCAAUUAUUUAUUGAUUCUUAGAAAAAUACUGUACAUCUCGGUGUGCCAUCUUGGGCUUUAAUUAUCCCCACUGCAGCUUUGCCAGGAUGCUCAGGCUUCUAGCAACUUCAAAAACUGCUUGUUUGAUUUGCAGGCAUGGUGCUUUGGGGCAUUUGUGGUUUAGACCGGCUCAUCCUGAGAGAUCACCUGCUAAGUUUGUUCAACACUUUCAGAUUGGCUUGGGCAAAGAUCUUUAGUCUGCAUGGCAGCAUUCCUCGUGAUUGACUAGGGCUCUGUUUCAGGCUAGGUAUAUGAAUACAUGUUAUAUUGUUUCAUGAUACCCUAGAGUUAGACCUUUGCCUCUAAGACUCCUUUCCUACAAUCCCUACUGUGAAACUCCACACCUCUGCAUCGUUUGAGUUUGGUUCCAAUUCAAUCAAUCCAACAAGCAGUUACGCAUUCAUGAUUCACAACACCAUGUUAGCAGUCACAGAUACAGAAAUGAAAUAGUCCCUUCCCCAAAGGGGAAGAGAGUAUCUGAUGAGCUUAAUCUUCUAAUUAGUUGAAAGUCAAUAAACCUUCACUGAGUUCCUACUGUGUGCAGAGACAACACUGUAGUAAGUGGUAGAAGAAUUAGAGUUUAGUUCCUGCCUUCCUGGAGUUUAUGGUUUAGUAGCGGGGAUGGGUACUAAGACAGAUGGCUAGAAUCCACAUUAUUAUAUAAGUGCAGAACAAAGAAGACUGCUUGUAUUUCACCAUUUGUGGAGAGAGCCCCCCCCCCCUUGUGCCUGAAGUAUGAAUCCCCUCUAGGACAUUUCUGUCCAGUGGUCUCCAGGUCCUAUUGGAACACAUCCAGUAACACAGUAGAUGACUUCAGUGAGCUUCCCAGUACUGGAGGUCUUUAUGUAGUCUGUAAGUGAAAUGCAUGGAAACGAAGGAUCCCACCUGUAGGCCAUCCCUUCCAUCCAAAACCAUAGGUAGAGAUUCUUCUUAGAGCACACUUGGCACAAUGCCCAGCACACAGAAGGUGCUCAUUAUUUCUUCAUUGAUCAAGGUAGGGAAUUGUGCUAAAUAUAUCCCAGUACAAGCAGGAUACACUUUAAAAAACUAAACUAAAUUAAGCAUUGGAAAUUAACUUGUUUUGUGCUUGGAUGGGGAUCCUCAGACAAAGCGUAUUAGAGCCAAAGGAAGCAACCCCCUUCCUUUUAUUUUUUUCCAGAAGUAAGGAAACUGAAACUCCCAAGAGGUGAAUUAAUUCAUUCAAGGUCACAUGGCUAGACUAGAACCUAGGGUCUCUUAAUUCCUGAUUGUGUCUUAUACUCAUUGAAUUUGUUUUUCCUAAAUUCUGAGUGCAUCCCAUACACCCACCUCCCCAAAUAAUCCUCCCUCCACCAUAUAUUCACUGAACCUUGUAGUCACUGGUGUUCUAAUUAAGGAUUUCUUAUAUUUGAAAAUACAGCUAGAGCAAAGAGGUCUCAGACCCCUUCCUAAAGAAAUAAGAUGCCCUGACACCUUUCUGUCAAUGAGAGAGACCAUUUCAAAGUCUAACAUUUCCAGAAGUCCUUUGGCCUCUUCAAAGUGGGCCCCUCCUAACAAAUUGGUGCAGACAAGCCAGAAAUUCCAUUAGGUAGGAAUUAGAUAACCAAGGUUGCCAAUAGCGUCUCAAAUAACUAGACAUUUAUUCAAAUGAAUGCUAUUUAGAGUUUAAAGAAAAAGAACAGAUUCAAGUAUUAGGAAAUUAUAGUUCCAGUGAUAGACCAGUGAGUACAGUCAAGGUUACCAACAGCACCACCUCAUUCAGCAUCAUCCCCUGAAAUGCCAUGUCAUGUACAAAGAUACAUCUUAAGAGGAGACAGUUUAUUGUCUCUGUCAUCUGUUCAGAGGAUGCUAAAAGGUAGAAACUCUGUGACCUGUUUUUGUAUAUUUAACCAUAUUCUUUGACUUUUAAAAGGGGAGAGGAGGGAAUUUUGACAUUCAAGAAGGGUAGAAAAGAACAUUGGGCUUGGAGUCAGAGAACCUGGGUUCAAAUCCAGUGUGACCUUAAUUGAGUUACAUUAUCUCUGGCCUUCAGUUUCCUUUCCCAUAAGAUGAGGUGGUUAGACUAGAUUAUCUCUAAGGUCCCUUGGAGCUCUAUAACUGAUGAUCUAAUUUAUCCCAUUGUGCUGCUUUUAGAAAUGAAUGGAGUGACUUAGAGCCUAGCUUCAUAAAUUGUGGGUAUCUCAAUGGGGGGGGGGCACGAAAAAUUUGGAAACAGUAAAAGGUUAUGUAUAUCUAUUAUAUGAACCUAAAUACCCCGGGUUGCAUAAAAAUUUAUUGGGCAGAAAGGGGUUGUGAGUGGAAAAAGUUUAAGAAACAAACCCUGACUCAGAGGAAUGAAUGGAACAUGUUAAAUGCACCAAGGCUUAUAAGUUUCCUACCCUUUCCAAAGUUUGGACACCUUCGCUUUCUAGAAGCCACCCCCAGGGCUUUUACCUUCUGGCCAUUGAUAGUCCCACAUAUCUGAGUAUGAAAGAAAAAAGGAAACUUGCCCCAUUUACCCAGCAUUUAUUAAGUGCCUAUCAUGUGCCAGGCACUGUGCUAAGUGUGCGAGAUACAAAGAGGCAAAAAACAGUCCCGAUUGAUAAACUGAAACCCACCCCUAUUGCUCAAGCAGGAGGCCGAGUCUUACAGCAUUUGAGUCAAGACUGAUUGUAUGGCAUGGUGCUGGGUGAGGGCCGCUGGGCCGGGAACUCUUUCUCUUGAUUCUCAGCCCAGUCCAGGAAGCACCUGGACCAACAUGAACUGAACACCUGGCUAGGCACUGCUCUCCCCUCACACAGUUGCUUAAGCAUUUCUGGACAGGAUUCACUCUCAAAGCCAAAGUUUCUUAAGCACUUUUUACAAAAAAAAAAAAAUCUCUUUGCUGCACCCCUGUUUCUUUCCCAGCUUUAUCUUGAUCUCUGUUUUGCAGCUAAGCAUUAGCAGUUGAAAAACAUUUUGAAUGAAGAGAGAGGAGUCUGAAAGGCUCAGAUCUCAGCAAUAUUUUAUUUAUUGUUAAACAUUUUCAAUGAUCUGAUCAGAAUAAAUAAUAAAGAACUAUUUUAUUGCCUUUUAACUG